AUGGCAGAGCCAGCCUCCUUGCAGCCAGUACCCUGCAGCAGAACCUCGCCACCGAGCAGGCCUCCCUCCAAUCAUGACCCAGCCAACAAUAACAUCAACCCUGCGCACCCUCUUCUUUGUGGUUCCGAUGUGCAUGGGGUGCCGAAGGUUGGUAAACUGCGGCUGGCUGAUGAGCUGCGUCGUUCGCGAUUUUGUGGCCGCAGCCUUGGCGCGCAUGCGUGA